UUCAUGGCUGUCUCUCUUAUCUCCAGCAGAGGGGGCCUCUUUAUACAUCCGUGGGGCCAUUUCAAAGCAAAAACAAGGCGCUGUGUGUGUCCAUUUAUGAUGAGGUACCAUAUCCCAACACGUGGAUGCGGCGUUCACGUGCUGUUUGUGUGCCUGUUAUAUCGAUAUCCUAUUUGUGGAUAAUAAUAAUAAAAACAUUAUGUUGGAGGAAACAACGGCACAUAAAUAAAUCGGGCUGGUCGAUGUUCGCCAACGUGGCAUCGCACUUUGAGAUGUGACAGGUGGUAGUUUGUGUUCUUACCAAAUUAUUGAUUGUGGUGUGCAUCAAAUGUUUCACUUCAAGGCGUCCUGUCCUCAAAAGUCAUACAUCACGUGUUACUUGUUACAUCUGACUUUUACAGAACAAAUCAUAAUAUAAACGUAAUUCCCAAAUCUCCCACACCACCUGAAGCCCCCACUCCGUGCGCUCGCAGUGAUUGACGCGGUGGGGUUGCUUUGUGCCUGGAUGCCAGCGGCUCACUGCCGCACACUGCUCCGAGAGGAACAGAAAGCCAGCUCCACUUUAACAGACCAGCGAACAGACCAAUGCUCGAUUGUACAAAAAAAGUGCCCAACUCUCACGCAACGGCAAAGCAUAUGUUGGCUCUGAGCUAGCCAAUGCUAGCUAAUCGAUCAGCAUCCAGUGAAUGGCCACGGAUAGACCAGCUCCCCCACUCAGGCAAGCGCUUUGUGUUUACUCGUAGCAUCACUCGACGCGUCCGGUAGCCGCUGUUGAGGACUCUUCGCUCGAGAGAACGUCUCGCGAGCUGACAUUGUCGGUCACGGUUCGGUUCGUGUGGCCUGUGACACGGUAAACACCCGGAGGUAGCAGUGUGGCCUACGGAGAGAUGACGCCGACGGUCACCUCGCUGGACGCCGUCUGUUGGCUCACGUGUGUGUGUGUGUUGGAGAUGGCAUGUUACGGGAUGCGUUUGUGUGCCGCGUUCACGGUCCCGUGAGUGAACGCGCGAGCGCUGGCUAUCACCAUUAUAAGCCGUUUACUCGGCGCUCCCGUCACAUGAGUCGUGUUUGCAGGGCAGACACGAGCGACCACCGGGCAUGCAGACACACUGGUGGAGGUUGAGUGACGUGUAACGUUCAUUUACCUGGAGCGCUGCAAACUGCACCGCCAUAUUAGUGUCGGUAAGAACCCCCGGGGUUCAGCAAGCUACAGGAGACGACGUCUAUGUGGGUAUGGUGGUGGAGGACGUGUUUACAUAUUUCACUCAGGACGCUGUCAUGCACAUUGCAGAUAUGGCUUUUAAUAUUUAUUAUAAUCAGCUAAGUGUUGAAACUGUGAAAGGAUGCAUUAUAUAGAAUAGCCCGUUUCUUUCCUUAUUUAACUUGAAUUUGUUAUUAUUUCUGAUGCCAUAACUUGUAAGUAGCAUGCUGGUGGUGAUGGAGCUCAUUUGAUAUAGUUGAUAAACGUAUGGGUGGAUUAUUCUGUCUUGAUACGUCAUCAUUUAUUUAUUUUAAAUUGUACAAUAUCUACUAUAUCAUUAUAGUUAUUGCCUAAAUGUUCUUCGUUACUUUCCUCCACCAGGUUACGUAAGAAAGGAAUGCCUUUCCUAACUCCACAGUAUCUCUGAACAGAUUGUUCAUUUCAUAAUAACAAUUGUUGUUUUUUGUGGGAAACUGAAGUCUGAGAGAUAAUGCAUGUUAAUCCAGCAUAACUCUGCACCACUAAAUUGUAAACUCUCCCAGUGAAUGCGAACAGCAGGCUUCUCUCCGGUCCAGUUUUGCAUCAUGAGCUGUAGACUCCUGUGAUUGAAUCACUGAGUCGUCAGUCACAUGACGUCGAUGGGCUGUAUUAGCUUUGAAAGCUCGUAAUGAAGUCAUCCACUCCUAAAUUAUAGCGCCAAGUCUUCUGUGUACUCUAGGAAGCAAUGGUCAUGGGUGAGCUAGUCUGGUAAAGGUAUUGUGUCGUGGUUUCUGUAGGAAUACACAUCACUGUUGUUAUGAGUUACAGCCUCUUUUGUCACUGUUUAAUUCACAGAUGCUUAACAUGGGGAGUAAAAUGUCCUUCAGCAGAGGAAGCAGUGACCAAAAUACAGUGUCUGAGUUAACUUCUGUGGCAUCCCAUCCUCGCAAUUCCAUUCAUGCGCCUUUGGACUGCAAGCAGGUUUCCUUUUCUUCUCUCACACAGAUACCUGAAGACCAGGGAGGUCGUCAGGAAGGCCUGGACUCCAACUGUGGAGAGGAAUGAAAGCAGCGGAAGAAACUCCACCUGCACCCGAGUCCCACUCAGUGGAGUCUGAUGGCCGAGUUAACUCUGACACAGUAGGCGAACCAAAUUGUCGCCACGGUGAGCACACGUCUUCACAGGCAGGGAUGGAAGCAAAGUCCCAGACGCCUGCGAUUGUGUGCAGCUCGACUACAGACAGCCGUGGACAGCCUGUGGAGGUCCGCAGGAAACCUGGCCGCCCGCGUAAACGCAACCCGCUGUUGCCUGAAGGCAUAACGGGUCCAGAUGUGGCUGGUUAUGAUGCCGUUCAACAUAAGGAGAUCAGCACCACAAUUCCUUUGCCAAGAGUCGCUCCCUUAAUCAAUAAUUCCCCCCACGAUGAUCCGUCUGGUCUUCAUAUUGUUUCUGAUGGCAACGAACAAGACGGUGUCCCUGUGCUGCCAAAAAGAAAAAGAGGGAGACCAAAAAAAUCUGAAAUGGCACCUUUUAAAACUGUGGUUGUUGAGGCUCCUGCUGCUGCUGCCGCUGCUUCUGUUAAUAAUGUUGGCUGUCCUGCACGGCGACUGAGGAGUGGAGCUGCUGAGCAACACCCUUCGCCACAGGAAGGAGAGCCUGAAUCGGACGGCAACGCAGACCCCGAGCCAACUGAGGGGACGCCUGCAGAAAGUAGGAAUACGUUGAUAUUACAACGUAUUAAAAGAAGAAGAAGACGAUUUAAAGGGGCCGAUCAGCAAUUUCCAGCAAAGGUGUGCAGGCUGGGUGUUUCCCAGGAGGCCUCAUCACUGUUGAUCAACGACACAGGCCGUGGAGAGGGAACGGAGCGCGAUAAGCAGGUGGGACUAAACGCUGACAAACAAGAGACGGAUGGAAAGAGCGCUCAACUCCACCAGCAAGAAGGGCGAGAGCAGCACACCGACCGAAAGGAAGGGGCAUUACCGCAAAGAACACUGAGUUCCCAGCCAGCUGAGCCUGAAGUUAUUUCUUCAGAGGGUUCAAAUAGUCUAAACUUGGGAAGCCCUACUCAGAGUGAUGACCCAAUGAACAUAAAGCCGUCAUCCGGCGGCGAUGAGUCGCAACCAAAACGCAGUCUUGGAUCCCCGGAAAACCUGCAGAAUACCGAGUCCUGCAGCACAGAUGGUGUAACGUCCUCGGAACAACCGGCUAAAGCUGUUGGAGUCCCACCUGCGGUGAAAGCUGAGAAUAUCCAGAUCGAGCUGGAUCAUUUAAAUCCUCCGUCCCAAUCAAAUAGUCCGACAUCAUUACAAUGCAAUGCCAACAGCACUGUGAAGGCUCAGGGGCCAGAACCGACUUUCAGGCGCAAGAAAGGCGGCCAGAGGAGGAGGAGAAUAAGGAGUGUGUUGCUCCAGAGAGAGCAGCUUGGAGAGGGUCCGAAAAGCAGCGAUGGCACUCAACAAAAUACAGACUUUGGUGACGACGAUAAGGAAGCCCACUCUAAUGUCAGCUACAUAAAGAAGGGGGCGAAAACUCUGUUAAAAUGCAAUUUCUGCGGCCAUGUAUUUAAAUUUCACUCUCAGUUCGUUAUCCAUCAACGCAUUCAUACCGGAGAACGACCUUUCAAAUGCCCCGAAUGCGGCAAAGGUUUUAGCAAAAAUUCAAACUUAAAUCUUCAUCUCAAGACGCACAAAAAGAGCAACAUAUAUCAAAAGUGUCCAUUUUGCAAGAUCAAAUUCUCCUGCUCGGAGUAUUCCUCUCACAUGACGACGCACGCGCAAAUGCUGGACCCGGACUCUGUGGAGAACCGGUCGGACAAACGCAGCCGAGGGAAAGAGCCCGGAACCCGCGAGGGGCUCCAGAGACCCGCUUCCCCAGAAAAGGGAGAAAAUAAAUUGUGCCAGUACUGCGGAAAAUCCUUCCCGUUUCAGUCCGCCCUCAUACGACAUGUGCGCGUCCACACGGGCGAGAAGCCGUACAAAUGCGAUAUAUGCGGCAAAGCCUUCGGUCAGGCCUACUUCCUCCGCGUGCACGAGCUGACGCACUGGUCCGUGAAGCGCUACAACUGCACGCGCUGCGAGAAGGCCUUCACGCAUUACAGCAACGCCAAGAAUCACAGCUGCCGCCCGAAGAGAAGCGGCGCCGGUUCGCAGGGCAGCCGGCGCGCGAAGCCCGGCCUGACGUACACGUGCCACAUCUGCAAGACUGUCUUCGACCGCCUGCAGGAGUUCAACAGCCACAUGAGGGCCCACACCGGGGCCAAGCUCUACCGCUGCUUGCACUGCGACAAGCUGUUCGGCGUGCUGUCCGAGUUCAGCGCCCACCGCAGUCGGUGCCGAGGAGAUCGGAGCGCUCGCAGCGCCGCGGCCGAGGAGGAGGCGACCAUGUCGUUGGUCCAGUACUCGGUGCCCGGGCUUCGGUGUUCGCCGUCGGGCCACAGCGCGGCCUCCUUUCUCGCCGAUUGUGACGCGCAGACGACGACGUCGCAGAGCGGUCCCAAGAAACACUUUGCGAACUCAAAGAAGCCGUUCCAGUCGGCGGGCGCGCCGCCUCACCGCCUGGUGGCAAAGUUAAACAAACUGGACAACCGCUCGGACCCCAACCGAUACUUGUGUCCGAGCUGCGGGCGGCUGUUCAGACACAUGGGCCGGCUGCGAGCGCACAUGCUGACGCACGCCUCUGGGCGGAGCUACGCGUGCUCCUGUUGCGGCAAGACUCUGGAGAACUGGAAGAAGCUGUGGCAUCACCAGAGGAUCCACCGGCAGCGCCGCGGACGCUUCACCUGUCCCCAGUGCGGCCGAGGCUUUCGGUUUGUGCACUCGUAUAAAAAGCACAUGAGCGAGCACCCGGAGUUCCAGUGGAUCCACGACCGGCCCGGGAAAGUGUUUCUGCCGUAUCGGUGCGACCGGUGCAGGUGCAGCUUCCACACUCUGGAUUUGCUGUUCAGUCACCAGCGUUGCCAUUCCUCGAAACCCAAGGACUCCGAUUUUGAUUUCUCCGUCGAGGAUCAUACGCAGUCCAACAAGAACAUGUUUUCCCCUCCCGCAAAGAACCACGUGGCUGCAUCACAUCCAGAUCCUGAGGAGGACGACAACUGUGCUCCGGGCCUCUUUUCCAAAUGUCCAGACCAAGCGGCGCACGACUCUCCUCUCGCUCCCGUGACUCCCUUCGUAAGUAAGGGUCCUGAUUUGGGUCAAACUCCCAGCAGCACACAUUCGAUCCAAGACGCAGAGAACGGUCGUGAAGGAAUGGACGUGGCUGUACUUGGGAAACUGAGUAAUCCUUUGAGAACUGUGAAAAGACACGUCGGCCAAAUUGCCAGCGUAUCGAAUGUGGCGUCUGCGGACGGUGUGAAGUGUGCCGUGUGUGGCGACGCUUUUCUGGUCAUUUCAGAGCUUUAUCGCCAUUAUUUGCAGCACGCUAGAGGCCAGUUGUAAUGACCUGGAUGAGGACACGCCCCCCUGCUGUGCUCAUCGUGUUUAACACAGAGGAUCCCGUAGUCCUAAAAAAAACAAGAGCAUUGUCAGUUGACCCUUUGGUUAGGGGACGGGGAAUUAAAUGCAUCAAAAAUAUGUGUAAGAUUGGUUUUCAAUUCUGUAUUCAACCCGUCAGGCCUGAGAGGUUUCAGAUUCUGAGAUCUACAUAAUAGGAACACGUUCUAUUUGUAUGUCGUUCACCAAUCAACUUUUGGUGCAAGACACUAAUUUGUCGUUAGUUUCUGUGAUUACAUUUGUGUUCAUAAAAAAGAAAACAAGAUGCAGAAUGUGUCAAAAAGAUGCUCCUCCAAAUAUUGUGUACAUUUAGUGCAUUAUUGACAGGUAGAAUCAGCCCGGGGGUAAUCUCAUCAGCUACAACCGAAUCAGCAUUUGAAAACAGAAACUGGAGCUGUUGUAAAUGGCUUAUUAUGGAAAAUAAGCUUUAUUAUGAAAACAUGAACAUUUUUAACCCCUCUUUUUUUUGUUUUACUGGGAAAAGCACCCUGCACUGAUCAGAGGGGCAUUAAUUUAUGAACCCUUAUUGCUGUGAACGUUUUGUUUUGCAGACCUGACAAAUGACUCGUUUCCUCGUCGUAACGCGUGUAGCUGGACAGUUUUACAGAUUUCCAACAGCUGUUGAUGCAUUCGCUUCAUGUACAAUGUGACUCUAAUCUCCAAUGUGUGCAUCUCACAUCACGCAGGCCUCGUCUUCUGUUAUUCAUGAUGUUUCAGAGGAGUUGAUGUGUACUGAUUUCAAAUUUGUUUGGUUCUGGUCUCCAAAAAGGACAUGUAGCAUCAUUUUGAAUUUACAUUGAAGUAAACAUUGGCUUUACUAAUGCUCGUGUUCGUCAAAGACUUUUCUCUGUUGUGGACUUGUAAUAUAAUGGCUGGAAUGAAGGUAUGCUACAUUUUCUAGAAAAUACACUCAUGAAUACACAUUCCACACAUGAAAUACAAAGUGCAGCGUUGGACACCCCCCGACCUUUUCACGCUUCAACAUCAGCCUUCAUUUUGGUCACUUUGUCUUAACACCAAUAAAGGCCAUAUUUGUAUUAAUAUGUGAUGACUGCCAUUUUUGGGUGGGAAUGUGUGCUCAUUAAUCUACAUUCAUGGUCACCAUUAGAUCCUAAACUCAUAAAUAUGUGGUGAAGCAGAAGGUUAAAUGAAUCAACAGCCGGUCACACAUAUCACCUGCAGUCUGACGCAUCUGAGGUUUGUUUACGUCAGUAUAUGAAAGAGCUGUGAAAUCAUGUUGUAAAAGUCCACAGUACAAUGUCUUUAAUGUUUUAUACUAUCUGGACAUUGAGUCUGAAAUAAAAGUUUGAUUGAUUGAAUAGGUUUUGUUCUGCCAAGAAAUUAAAAAGAUGAUAUAUUGUA